AUGAGAUUCGAGUUGCAUGUCUGGGGUCCUGGCUUUGGUCUUCCUUCAAUUGAUCCUACGUGUUUAGGAGCUAUUGCCUACCUCAGAACAUGUCUGCCACGCGACAGCUGGGCGCUCGUCGCCACAUCGGAUUCCUCACUCAAUCCACUGAACGAGUUACCGGCUUUGAAGGAUGACAGUACUUGGGUGGCCGGCUUCGCAAACAUAAUUGCACAUCUUCGGGCUGAAAACAAUGUAUGGGAUCUAGAUAGAGAUCUCACGCCGAGCCAGGCAGCCGACUGCGCCGCAUAUAGCUCUUUCAUACAGUCUCGUGGCCGGCCGUUGCUCGAUCUCCACCUCUAUGUCAGUACCGAGAACUGGACCGAAUGCACCAGACCUGCACUGGCAGAUCUUUUAUCAUGGCCGAGUAGCUGGUCUAUUCCACAUUGCCUACGCGAGAAAGCCAGGAAGUCGUCAGAGCACCUGGGUCUGAGCGGGUUGGACGUGGAUACAGCACAAGAUGAGGCCUCAGACGGGGGCGUGGGCGCACAAAUCCCACAAUCGCUGAAGAAGUCAAGGCAGACAGUUCAGGCGCUGCUCGGGCAUGACACAAAGAGAAGCCGAUUUCGCCUGGACGCAGUGAUCACUGAUCUACUGGCUCCUUUGGAAGAGAGCCUUGGAGACAAGGAAUGGCUUGUCGCGAACAAGAUGGCCAGUGUCGACUGUUUGUGCCUCGGAUAUCUGGCAUUGAUGCGCGUCCGACCCCGAGCGCCGCAGCCGUGGCUGGAGGAGGCACUGGAUAGGCGCUUUCCGAGACUGGGCGAAUGGGCUAGAAGAAGGCAACAAGAAUUCUUGGGCAGCGGCAGGUCAGGGAAGAGAAAGUCCACAGUUGGAAAUGAGGCUCAGGCACUGCCAUGGCAGGAGGCGCAGAGACCCGAAUGGACAACCAUUGUCAACAAUAUAGUAGUCAGCGUAACGGAGGCUACGCCCAUAUUGCGGACGUGGAUUGUACCAACAGAAGCCCGCUCGAAUCGAGCUCAGCAAGGGGGAGCGGAGAAGGUGCGCAAACAGGUGGCAGUUCAGCAGGCUCGACAGCAUCAGCUCUGGUACAGCCAGGUCUUGACCUCAUCAGUCACUGCUCUCACGGUUUCGAUUGUUCUUGCCUACAACGGCUAUCUGCGACUGCCUGGGUUUCGCUCGCAACCGCGGUCGACUCGGUCUUUUGGCGAAGCAGGAUCGAUUCUAGGUAUCUGA